AUGCCAAAGUCGAAGCGGCCGCCAACAUCGGGCUAUGCCCGGAUAGCUCAAGCUGAAGAAGAAGAAGACUCUGGGAGCGACUUCGAGGGCGACCACCACCAAAGCUCCCUGUCCAACACGCACUUUGCCCCUAUACAGCCACAUCGCAGUUCGGGCAUGCGCAUGAACGGCUCAGGGCCAAGUUCGCCAAAUUUCAAGAAGACGCCUUCUGGACGAAGGCAGCGUGCCAACUCGGGAGUCGACAUCAAAGCCAUCAACGCCAGAUUCGAGCGAUGGGCCGACGAAAUCGCGCAAAAGUUUAAGAUCAAAAAGGGGAGCGACUCGGCAGAGGAUGAACCCCUCGAGAUACAUCACUCCGUUUUCCAAGCCCCAGACUGGGUACGACCAGCAACGGCCGAGUCCCUGACGUUCGACUACGACGUACCAUCCGACCGUAUGACAAAGCUUGAAUUCGAUGAUAUUGUAGAAAGCGUCAGGACAGCAAUUGACAUGAAUAUGCACCCAAAGCUCAUUACGCAGGGCAGCUCAGGCAGCUACUUUGCGCGGAACCCCCAGGGUAAAGUUGUGGGUGUUUUCAAGCCAAAGGACGAGGAGCCCUACGCGUCACGGAAUCCGAAAUGGACAAAGUGGAUACACCGGAACCUUUUUCCCUUCUUCUUCGGCCGCGCCUGUCUCAUUCCCAACCUCAGCUACAUUUCCGAAGCUGCCGCAUACGUUCUCGAUACCCAGUUGCGCACCAAUCUUGUGCCCUACACUGAUGUCGUCGGCCUCUCUUCCAAGUCUUUUCAUUACGAUUUUUGGGACAGAAGGGCAUACUACAGGAAGCGCAAGCCAUUCCCUGAGAAGCUUGGCAGUUUCCAGGUGUUUUUGAAGGGAUUCAAGGAUGCGAACAUCUUCCUCAAAGAGCACCCCUGGCCUGAUCAGCACAAUACGGGAUACAGCGGAGACCGAGCUGCGCGGAAGAAGAAGCGGAGAUGGGCAGAGGACUGCCGACCAAGUGGAGUUCAAUCCGAUGGCGAGGAUGAAGAAGAACAAGCCGGCAUGAUGGGCGAGCACAAUCAACGGAGGGGCUUCUGGACACCUGCGCUACAACAGUCCUUCAGAGAGCAGCUCGAGAAGCUGGUCAUACUGGAUUAUAUUAUGCGAAAUACAGACAGAGGACUGGAUAACUGGAUGAUUAAGAUUGAUCAGAAGACACAGCAGGCCACGAUUGUCGCCGAGCCGCCCAAACUAGAUGAAGAUGUGGAUGUUCAGGACCACCAACCGAGCGACUACACAAGACAUUCAAUGGAGGCAGCGGAUCCAUACGGACGACGAGAGCCCAUGAGUACAGCCAGUCGAUCAAACACUCCUAGACAGAGCGGGCCAACGCCUACAGUCACGAUUGGUGCUAUUGACAACAGUUUGUCCUGGCCCUGGAAGCACCCCGACGCAUGGCGCAGCUAUCCCUUUGGUUGGCUCUUUCUGCCUGUUUCGCUCAUUGGACAGCCCUUCUCCGAAGCCACCCGCCGUCACUUUCUUCCUCUCCUCACGUCGAAACAAUGGUGGAGCGACACGCAGGCAGCUCUCCGAAAAUGCUUCUCGCAAGACGCCGACUUCAAGGAGCGCAUGUAUGCCAAACAAAUUGCAGUCAUGAAAGGACAAGCCUGGAAUGUGGUGGAGACACUGAAGACGCCCGACCUGGGCCCUCUUGAGCUCACAAGGAGAGCUCGCGUAUGUGUGUGGGAUGACAUAGUGGAGAUACCGAUUGCGGUUCCACUGAGAGCGCCAUCGGCAGAGAUGAGAAGACGGCAGUCAAGCAGGCCCCCAAGGCUAGAAGAGGAGCACGAAGAGAUGGACAUUACGGCUGUUUCGACACCGCCACAGAAGCCGCAGCAGGAUCUCGUCAUGAGUUCGCCUCCUCUGGAAACGGCACUCGAGAACCGUUUCAACCUAGCGCGGGGUGCUUCGUUGCUCGAUGUACGCCAGGCUGAUGGCCGUCCUAAAUCGCCAGCAACUAUCAAUGACGUAUAUACGGGUUCACGAACCGUCGAUAGGCAUACGAAUGGACGACCAGCAUCGCAGUCGCGCAUGAGCUACGAGCCCCCUCGUCGGCAUGUGCGCGACAAUCAACAUCAUCAUAGGCGACUCUCGCUCACGCAUGGAAGAGAGGUUGAUGAGUAUGGGUUCGACGACGACGGUGAUCUGGGUUAUGCUGCAAACGAAGACAUGGAAGGAAACCAGAAAAAGGUGAUUGUAGAACGGCUAGAGAUGGUCAAGGGCAAGAAUCCGGUAUUCACUUGGUGCUGA